GCCGCCGCUGGCCCGGCCUGGGUCCCGGGCGCCCGGCCCCGCCAGCUCCCGCCGCGGCCGCCAUGUGGUGCCUGCACUGCCACUCGGAGCGGACGCAGUCCCUGCUGGAGCUGGAGCUUGACAGCGGUGUCGAGGGCGAGGCCCCCAGCAGCGAGACUGGCACGUCGCUGGACAGCCCCUCCGCGUACCACCAGGACCCCUCGGCGCCCGGCUCCGGCCUGGGCGCCGACCACUCCGAGCACGCGCCAGGGGGCGCCUAUGGGCUGUAUGCGGGGCCGCCCGGGCAGCAGCGCACGCGGAGGCCCAAGCUGCAGCACUCGACCUCCAUCCUGCGCAAGCAGGCCGAGGAGGAGGCUAUCAAGCGCUCACGGUCCCUCUCCGAGAGCUAUGAGCUCUCCUCCGACCUGCAGGACAAGCAGGUGGAGAUGCUAGAACGGAAGUAUGGGGGCCGCCUCGUGACCCGCCAUGCGGCCCGCACCAUCCAGACAGCCUUCCGCCAGUACCAGAUGAACAAGAACUUUGAGAGGCUGCGCAGCUCCAUGUCCGAGAACCGCAUGUCGCGCCGCAUCGUGCUGUCCAACAUGAGGAUGCAGUUCUCCUUCGAGGGACCCGAGAAGGUGCACAGCUCCUACUUCGAGGGCAAGCAGGUCUCAGUGACCGACAAGGGUGCCCCGCUGGAGGCCCUGGUGCCGGCCGAGUGCGGAGACCUGGGCCCGCCGCCUGCCCUCCAGGCCCCUGCCCCGGCCGGCGACUUUGCGGAUGCCAUCACGGAGCUGGAGGACGCCUUCUCACGGCAGGUGAAGUCGCUGGCCGAGUCCAUUGACGACGCGCUCAACUGCCGCAGCCUGCACACCGAGGGGGCACCCGCGCCCGACGCAGGGCGGACCCGGGACGCCGAGCCCUCGCCGGCCCUGCACGGCGCCGAGCACCGCCAGCUGGACGAGAUGACCGCCUCGUACAGCGACGUCACCCUGUACAUCGACGAGGAGGAGCUGUCGCCACCCCUGCCCCCGUCCAGCGCCGAGUCGGACCUGCGGCUGCGGCCCGGGGGUGUUGCCCAGGACUACUGGGCCCUGGCCCACAGGGACGACAAGGGGGACACGGACACCAGCUGCCGGAGCACGCCCUCGCUGGAGCCCCAGGAGCCGCGGCUGCGCGGGGAGCACCUCCCCCUGCUCACUGUCGAGCCGCCCAGCGACAGCUCCGUGGACCUCAGCGACCGCUCGGACCGCAGCUCGCUGAAGAGGCAGAGCGCCUACGAGCGCGGCCUGGGCGGGCCGCAGGGCAGCCCCAAGCUCGGCCCCCACGGGCCCCCCAGGGGCCUCCCCCGGGAGGAGCCGGAGCCGCGGGCCCGGGCGCCCAGGCCCCUGGACGGCCACCUGGCCAUCAAUGGCUCGGCCAACAGGCAGAGCAAGUCCGAGUCGGACUACUCGGAUGGGGACAACGACAGCCUGAACAGCACGUCCAACUCCAACGACACCAUCAACUGCAGCUCCGAGUCUUCGUCCCGCGACAGCCUGCGCGAGCAGACGCUCAGCAAGCAGACCUACCACAAGGAGACCCGCAACAGCUGGGACUCGCCCACCUUCAGCAACGACGUCAUCCGCCGGCGGCACUACCGCAUCGGCCUCAACCUCUUCAACAAGAAGCCCGAGAAGGGCGUCCAGUACCUCAUGGAGCGCGGCUUCGUGCCCGACACGCCGGUGGGGGUGGCCCACUUCCUGCUGCAGCGCAAGGGCCUGAGCCGGCAGAUGAUCGGGGAGUUCCUGGGCAACCGGCAGAAGCAGUUCAACCGCGACGUGCUCGACUGCGUGGUGGACGAGAUGGACUUCUCCGCCAUGGAGCUGGACGAGGCCCUCCGGAAGUUCCAGGCGCACAUCCGGGUCCAGGGGGAGGCCCAGAAGGUGGAGCGGCUGAUCGAGGCCUUCAGCCAGCGGUACUGCAUCUGCAACCCCGGGGUGGUGCGGCAGUUCCGGAACCCAGACACCAUCUUCAUCCUGGCCUUCGCCAUCAUCCUGCUCAACACCGACAUGUACAGCCCCAAUGUCAAGCCCGAGCGCAAGAUGAAGCUGGAGGACUUCGUCAAGAACCUGCGAGGCGUGGACGACGGGGAGGACAUCCCCCGGGAGAUGCUGAUUGGGAUCUACGAGCGGAUCCGGAAGCGGGAGCUGAAGACCAACGAGGACCACGUGUCGCAGGUGCAGAAGGUGGAGAAGCUCAUCGUGGGGAAGAAGCCGAUUGGAUCCCUGCACCACGGGCUCGGCUGUGUGCUCUCGCUGCCGCACCGGCGCCUGGUCUGCUACUGCCGGCUCUUCGAGGUUCCAGACCCAAAUAAGCCCCAGAAGCUGGGGCUGCACCAGCGAGAAAUCUUCCUGUUCAAUGACCUCCUGGUGGUCACCAAGAUCUUCCAGAAGAAGAAGAACUCGGUGACGUACAGCUUCCGACAGUCCUUCUCCCUGUACGGCAUGCAGGUCCUACUCUUCGAGAACCAGUAUUACCCCAACGGCAUCCGGCUCACAUCCGCCGUCCCCGGAGCAGACAUCAAAGUGCUAAUAAACUUUAACGCUCCCAAUCCUCAAGACCGGAAGAAAUUCACUGAUGACCUGCGGGAGUCCAUCGCGGAGGUGCAGGAGAUGGAAAAGCACAGGAUAGAGACGGAGCUCGAGAAGCAGAAGGGUGUCGUGCGGCCCAGCAUGUCCCAGUGCUCCAGCCUCAAAAAGGAGCCCGGCGGCGGGACCCUGAGCCGGGCCUGCCUGGACGACAGCUACGCCAGCGGCGAGGGCCUCAAGCGCAGCGCCCUCAGCAGCUCCCUGCGUGACCUCUCAGAAGCGGGGAAGCGAGGGCGUCGCAGCAGUGCGGGAUCGCUAGAGAGCAAUGUGGAAGGGUCCAUCAUUAGCAGUCCUCACAUGCGCCGGAGAGCUACAUCAACACGAGACUGUCCAUCUCGCCCACACCAGGCCAUGCCCAACUCCUCCUCCCUCCUGGGCUCCUUAUUUGGGAGUAAGAGAGGGAAGCCCCCUCCCCAGGCCCACUUGCCCCCAGCCCCUCCCCAGCUGCCCCCCCACCCGCCUCAUCCCUCGCCCGGCCACCCCCAGGGGCCCGUGGAGGGCCCCUUGCAGGCCCCAGUGCACGGGCACCACGGCCAGUACUGCCCCCUCCAGCAGAACCCGCCCCCCUACCAUCACCACCACCACUACCACCCACCCCAGCACGUCCAGCACGUACACCAGUACCACCACGGCCCCCACGGGGGGCAGCCCGCCUACGGGGCCCACACGCACAGCCACCCGCCGCUGCCCUCGGCCCACGCCGGCCACCCGGGCCACGUGGGCCACCCCGUGCACCACCACGGGCAGCCCCCUGCCCCGCCGCCCCUCCCCAGCAGCAAGGCCAAACCCAGCGGCAUCAGCACAAUUGUGUAGACAGCCUGGGCGGGGGUCCCGGGACCCCCAGAGCAAGUGCACACCACACAGGCACGCCCAGGGGCGGCAGCCCCAGACCAGACCCAGGGCACUUUCUGUUUCCACCUCCCCGUCUGCUCCCGGCCCGGAUGGAGCCCCCCGAGCCCCGGGGCUUGUGUCACAGGGAACAAACCCCCCCUAGUUUCAUUUAGCGGUGGCGCCCUGGGCUCCAUCCACCUCAGCCCGGGAGGUGGGCCUCGGCCACCAUCAGCCCUGAAACGGUGCCGCCGGCCAAGUAGAUGUUGAGCUCCCCGCCCUGACCCCCCACCUGCAGCCCUCAGCUCUCUGCUCCCUCACUGUACAUGCAGAUGAGAACCCAGCCUAGGAAAAGAAGAGACGACACAAAAAACCAGAGACAGAACCAAACAAAAAACCCAAAACUUGCUGCAUUAUUGCUCUUUUAUUGACAAUGGGCAAAAAUUAAGUAGACCUGAUAUGGUUGAUGAAAAUACGUAAGUAAACUUUAUAUAAUAUAAAUAUAUAAAUAUAUAAAUAUAUAUAUAUAUAUACUGUAUAGGUAGUAUUUGUGUGUGAAAGGCAAACGUUUCAGUCCACGAAAUUAGCAAUAUAGACUUUACAAGGAGCUCCUCUUACCUGAUAGGAAAACAGUACCUUAGACAAACGUGUGAGAGGGUAGACCAAAAACUUAAAUGCUAGGGACAAAAUUCAUAUUCUUCCGUAUUUUCAUAAAAAAGAGAAGCCCCCCCCUAGGACUGGCGGAAAUCUUUACACGAUCAUUACUAACUGUGCCAAGUAACAUAGCAUCUAACUGUUUUAAAAGUCCGAUAUUGCUUUGUAUAAAUCCUUAUUUUAUUAACAGAAGACUAUCAUAAGUAAUCAGUAUUAUAACUGCUCUGUUAUUUCAGGUAAGCAAAUAGAUAAAAUGCAGUAAACUCUACAGUAGCAACUCGAGACAGCUAGUUAAGAACUGGUUGCCUUGGACCGUUGGUUACAGAUUCUUAGACACUUUAAUGGCUGCAAUAACUGUGAAUUUCCAUGAUCCAUGUUUCUUUUGUAUGCAUUUGAUUUAAUGCACACUCAUUCAGAGCCCUCUGCGGGGGGCCCCAUACACGGCAGAGGUAUUCAUCUCCAACAUGAAAACGACCAACUCAUCCUGUGUCCCCAGCACCAUAGCUCCCUCAUCCUGUUUCCAACCGCAGCAGGCAGACGCCCCGGAACCCGAAGGCUGCUCUUAGCGUUUAGCGACCCAGGGCAGUGUGUGUGUUUCCCGUUUUGUUUUCUGAGUGGUGGCCGUGAUCAUCGUGAUUCCAUGUGGCCGUGUGCUAGCGCGACCCCCGUGUCAUCACCGUGGCCCAUCUGACCCCGGCCGA